UCAAGUGCAGACAGUAGCAGUGUGGUAGUGUCAGUCAGUGCUGCUGCUGUAAUCAUGCUCAAAGCUAUUAGCAAAGCUAAUGUCCGGACACUGUCAGGUCUCCUCCAGAGGUUCCAGAGCACCCUGGUUGUUGCAGAGCACACAAAUGAAACCCUGACACCCAUCACUCUCAGUGCUAUCACAGCAGCUAGCAAACUCGGUGGGGAGGUGUCAUGUCUGGUUGCUGGAACGAACUGUGCUAAGGUAGCUGAGCAACUUUCUCAAGUUGAUGGAGUGAAGAAGAUCCUGGUUGCACAGAAUGAUGCCUAUAAAGGAUUGUUACCAGAGGAGCUGACGCCACUCAUCUUGGCAACCCAGGAGCAGUUUAGUUUCACACACAUCUGUGCUGGAGCAUCUGCUUUUGGAAAGAAUCUUCUUCCCAGAGUGGCUGCUAAGCUGGAUGUUGCUCCAAUUUCAGACAUUGUUGAGAUCAAAUCCUCUGAUACAUUUGUAAGGACUAUUUAUGCAGGAAACGCUCUUAGCACUGUAAAGUGCAAUGAGAAGAUCAAGGUCUUCACAGUAAGAGGGACAUCAUUUGAACCUGCUGCUCACGGGAAAGGAAGUGCCACUUUAGAACAAGUGUCUUCUGCUUCUCAUGUUGGGAUAUCUGAGUGGCUGGAACAGAAUCUGACAAAGAGUGAUCGGCCAGAACUCACUAGUGCUAAAGCUGUCGUGUCUGGAGGCAGAGGUUUGAAGAGUGGUGAAAACUUCAAGCUGCUUUACGAUCUUGCUGACAAAUUAAAUGCUGCUGUUGGUGCCUCUAGAGCAGCUGUAGAUGCCGGCUAUGUCCCCAAUGACAUGCAGGUUGGACAGACAGGAAAGAUUGUUGCUCCUGAACUGUAUAUUGCAGUUGGAAUUUCUGGAGCUAUUCAGCACCUUGCUGGAAUGAAGGACAGUAAGACUAUUGUUGCCAUUAACAAGGAUCCUGAGGCACCCAUCUUCCAGGUUGCAGAUUAUGGUUUGGUGGCUGAUUUAUUCAAGGCCGUCCCUGAGAUGAUCGAGACUCUGAAGAAGUGAUGGUCUUUACUCUUGCUCUAGCUGGAACUAGGAAGCCUUGUCUGUAAUUGUGUUGGAUGUUCUGAAACGAUUGCCAUACAAGAGUCCUGUAGACGGCUUGUAGAGGAAUUAGGAAAUAUCACACGUCCUCCUGCUGAAAUGUAUGAGCUCAUGAUCCAUCAGGCCUAUCUGUAUUUUUAUAAAUGUUUUCAAGAACCUUCAUGUCAUGUUGAUGUAUUUGAUAACAUAAUUAAUAUAGCAACUUUAUCAUAACACAGUGUGACAUCACAUGCAAUAAAUAUCACUUCAGACUA